GGAGCUCCGAGACCCACACGCACACCCCCAGGCCUGUGUCUCAUCCACCUCUCAAAGCAGUACACUUUUCAUCAAGAGAAACAUUCAGAAUGGCUACUGGGCAGAAGACCGCGCUCAAUAUCGUCAUGGGUGCCAUGACGUUCGGUGAACCAGGGACUGAGGGGGCUCGCGUUCACGACCUGAACGAUGUCAACGCCAUCCUCGACGUAUUCCAGAAGCACGGGCACUAUGAGGUCGACUCCGCUCGGACGUACUCUGGAGGCACAAGCGAGGAAUACCUGGGCAGGAUUGAUUGGAAGAAACGCGGGCUUGUGAUGGACACCAAGCUCUACCCCAAUGCGUCCAACGCCCGCCUUCGGGCCCCUGGAAAGACGGUUAUCUCGCACUCGACCGAGGAUUUGCGCAAGCACCUCGAUAUCUCUCUCAAGGCCCUCCAGACCGAUUCAAUUGACAUGUGGUACCUCCACGGUCCCGACCGCACUACGCCAUUCGAGGAAACUCUCAGGGGCGUGAACGAGCUCUACAAGGAGGGCAAGUUCAAGCGUUUCGGAAUUUCGAAUUACAUGUCCUGGGAGGUCGCCGAGAUCGUCUACAUCUGCCGCCAGAAUGGAUACAUCCAGCCGACGGCGUACCAGGGCAUCUACAACGCGAUCCACAGGAAGGUCGAACCGGAGCUGUUUCCGUGCUUGAGGAAGUUCGGGAUCGCGUUCUAUGAGUUCAACCCCCUCGGAGGAGGUUUCUUCACCGGCCGCUACCGCUCCCUCCAUGAUGAGAACGAAGCUGGCUCUCGCUUUGACCCCAACACCGGCCAGGGUAAGAACUACCGUAAGCGAUACUGGAACGAGCCGUACUUCAAAGCGCUGUCCAAGAUCGAGGAGGUCGCCAAGAAACACAACCUCACCCUUGCGGAGGUCGCCCUCCGCUGGAUCUCCCACCACAGCUUGAUGAAGCGGGAGUACGGAGAUGCGGUCCUCAUCGGCGCGUCGAGUGUCAAGCACAUUGAGGAGAACCUGAUCGAUCUGGAGAAGGGUCCGUUGCCGGAGGAAGUUCUGCAAGUCCUCGACGAGGCCUGGCUCGAGGUUUCUCCAUAUGCUUCCAACUACUUCCACUGA